CGGCGAUGGAGUUCACCGUCGGACACACGUGGGACGGGGUGGCUGUGAGCCACGAGCCCGUGAGCGUCACCCUGAGCGCGGAGGCAGGGGGCUUGCUGCUGGGGGUGAGGGCCCCCCUCUUCGACGACCCCCCGGCCCCCGAAGCGGAACCGGGCCGCCCCUGCGACCGACUGUGGGACUAUGAAGUGGUUGAAGCAUUUUUCCUGAAUGACCGAACUGAGCGGUAUUUAGAAGUGGAACUCUGCCCACACGGGCAGCAUCUUGUCCUUCUGCUCUCUGGGAGAAGAAACGUCUGGAAACAAAAAUUGCCUCUGGCGUUCGAAGUGUCCCGAUCCGGCGUCCGAUGGGAAGGAAAAGCGCAUCUGCCCUGGAGUUAUUUCCCUCCAGGCGUGAACAAGUUCAAUUCGUUUGCAAUUCACGGAUCGGGAGCGGAGAGAGUGUAUGAAGCUGCCUACCCUGUGCCUCCAGCGGAAAUACGGGAAGGACAGAAACCUGAUUUCCACUGCCUAGAAUAUUUCAAGCCUCUUCGUCUGAGCACUUUAUUUGGGGAACAAUGGGGGCAACCGGAGUCAGAACUUUGGAAGUCCCUGGAAGUGGCAGAAGAAAGCAGCAAGGGUCGUGAAUGACCGGAAGUGGGGUAACCCAGUUCCAGGCUCGACGAGAAAGUUCACCCCACCCCGUUCGGCGACAGCACUCUUCAGCUAUUGUGGAUGAUAAUAAUAAUGAUGCUUUUGGCGUUUGUUAAGCGCUUACUCUGUGUCAAACACUAUACUAAGCGCUG